AUGGAAGCUUGCUUGGCGAAAUGCUCUCAUGGGAACGCUUUGUUUAAAGCUCUGAAACCUCUCAAAUUGAAGCUCUCGAGCUCUUCUUCCAUGUCCAUCCACUCUGCUGGAGGAAUAAAAUCUGUUAAAAAAGCAUAUGAUGCGUUAUUGUUGGAUGCUGGUGGAACCCUAUUGCAAUUGGCAAAGCCUGUUGAAGAAACUUACGCUUCCAUUGGAAGAAAAUAUGGUCUGACUGCAAGUUCAGCUGAUAUAAAGCAAGGAUUUAAGAGAGCUUUCGCUGCUCCAUGGCCUGAAAAACUCCGUUACCAGGGGGAUGGGCGGCCAUUUUGGAAACUUCUUGUUUCUGAAGCCACUGGUUUCACCAAUGAUGAUUAUUUUGAAGAAGUCUAUAAGUACUAUGCAAAUGGCAAUGCAUGGUAUCUCCCAGAUGGAGCUUAUGAAGCACUGUACCUUCUCAAAGAUGCAGGAGUUAAGGUGGUCGUUGUGUCCAAUUUCGACACCCGCUUAAGGAAGCUAUUGCAGGACCUAAAUGUUAUUGAACUGUUUGAUGCGCUAAUCAUAUCUUCAGAGGUUGGAUAUGAAAAACCAGAUCCGAAGAUAUUUAAAGCUGCUUUAGAUGAAGCAAGUGUAGCGGCUGGCAAAGUAGUACAUGUUGGAGAUGAUCUAAAGGCAGAUAAGCAGGGGGCCAAUGCCAUUGGGAUUGAUUGCUGUUGUUUUGUUGACGAGGCAGAGAAGACCAGUGCUGAUGAGGACAUCGAAAAUGAACCUUUUUCGAGUAUUAUAAAAUUUCUUUUGGGAGGUCCCACUUCGAGGGGAGACGUGGCCGAUGACCCCUUAGUUAUUUUCAGUUGUUUAGUUGACGAGGCCGAGAAGACCAGUGCUGAAGGGGACUUCGAAAAUGAUCCCUUAUUUUAUGGCAUUGAUUACUGCCAGUUCCCCUCUUCGAAGGGAGAGGUGGCCGAUGCCCCUUAA